AAGAAGCAAAUAAACAAAAGCUUUGCCUGCUAUGGGGCCUUGGCUUAAGUCUUACUGCAGAGCUGAGCCCAGAAGCUCUUGAGAGAAAUACCACCCAGCCCCUCACCAGCACCAGGAUGAACAGUUUCUAGGUUCCCCUUUCCUAAAAGGCUCCACUGAGCCAGUCAGGCCCAGUGCUGAAGGUUGGGGAGAUGCUCACAGAGCCACAGCAGGCCUGGAGGUGGUACCUGGCUUCAGGGUUACUGAGCUACCUGUAGCUCUAUGCACCCCAGACAUAGACCCUGGGUCUACAAGGCUCAGCUUGUCCCUGAGCAGGGGCAGAUUGGAGCCUGGGUUCCAUGCCCAGCCACUACCGUGCCCCAAUGUGAGCCUCUAAAGAACUCUUAGCUUGGAGCCAAGUGGAUUUUUCUUGGUCUUGGCUGGGUACAAGACCCUGGGCAAACCUUCCCUGAGCCUCCAUUUCCUACUUUGUCAGACAGGAAGGACCAGGGUGCUGUAGAUUUGUGAAAUGACAGAGGUCUUGGCAGUCAGUAAUGUGCUAUUCUGCAUCCAUAGCACCUGGGUGCUCUCUGAUGUCCCCAGGAGCCUUCAGCCUCCCUUGUUUCUUCUGGUGCCCUUUGCUCACUCCCUCAGUAAUGUCCUCGUUCCUCUCCCCUGCCCCUCUUCCCUAGCCCACCUUGUUCACCAGCUUAUACCAUGAAUUGCUCCCUGGGUGCUUGGGCGUUUUCAUGACAUCUGUUUACUUAGCUUCAUGUGGAGAGCUAGUCCCCUUCCCGGAUAAAACCAAUGGAACCGACAGGUCCCCGAGUUCUAUGGCCAUUCCACUGUGGCCCAAAAAACAUGGAAAGUGAGACGUGCAAGGGGGCAGGGACUGUCCCCUGGUUACAUAAAACAGCCAGCCUGAGGCUAGUUCUGAGUCUUCUGACUGCUCCUUAAGGGACCCCCCUGUUUCUAGCUCACCCCAUUUCUCCCACGUAGCCACUGGGAAUAAGUGCUGCCUCCUUCACCCUGACCCACAGCCCUUAGAAGACUGCUUCUCUAACCACGGGCCCUAGGGAGAUUCGUACACAGGGGUCUCAGGUGUUGCAAUAGUGUCCCCUCCUCUGGUGUGUUGCUGGUUAGGAACCAGGCUUUGUGUAGACACCUGAUGACAUGGUUACAUGAUCCUGCUGGUCAAGGGGCCUCACUAAGGUAUGUGCCCUUGAACCCAGGAAAGGGAGACGGAAGCCAUGGGGCAGAGUGAGGGGGGCAUCAGUUCCUGUGUCUGUUCUGUUUACAGACAAGCUGCUGUCCUCCCUGGACAAGGGGGAGUAGGCAGGGCAGAGGACGGUGCCAAGGUGGCACGAGGCUGAGCAUGUGCCUGGUCUGAGAUGGCAUUUGCAGAAUGCCAGAUAACUGGAGGUGCCACUCUGGGGACCCCAGGCCUCACCAGAACAUUUUCCUUGCUUUAGAAGCUGACCUCUGACCUGGGCGCAGCCAGAAACUGGGUACCCCAGCCCCCGCGCUGGACUCAGAGCCCCACCACCACCAGUGAGUCUUGGCUCUGCUUAUAGCAUGUGACGCCAGAGGGGCUGAAAAUAGUCCCUGGAGAAGGGGGAGAAGGGGCUAUUUAAAGGGCUCCAAAGGAGCCAGGCAUAGCAGAGGGAACAAGAAGGGAUCAUGGCUACUUCAGAGCUGAGCUGCCAAGUGUCUGAGGAGAACCAGGAACGCCGGGAAGCCUUCUGGGCAGAGUGGAAAGAUCUGACUCUGUCCACCCGGCCAGAAGAGGGAUGCUCCCUGCAUGAGGAGGACACACAGAGACAUGAGACCUACCACAGGCAGGGACAGUGCCAGGCAGUGGUGCAACGCUCACCCUGGCUGGUGAUGCGCUUGGGUAUCCUGGGCCGUGGGUUGCAGGAAUACCAGCUGCCGUACCAGCGGGUGCUGCCGCUGCCCAUCUUCACCCCCACCAAGGUGGGAGCUGCCAAGGAGGAGCGUGAGGAGACCCCCAUCCAGCUUCGGGAGCUGCUGGCACUGGAGACAGCCCUGGGUGGCCAGUGUGUGGAGCGCCAGGACGUGGCUGAGAUCACCAAGCAGCUUCCCCCCGUGGUGCCUGUCAGCAAACCCGGGACCCUGCGGCGUACCCUGUCCAGAUCCAUGUCUCAGGAAGCUCAGAGAGGCUGAGAUGGACUGUGACUCAGGCUCCACUGUGUCUGCCUUGGGCUGGGCCCUUCCUGGCUAGGACCAUGGAGGAGAGCUUCUGGCCAUGGCUGCUUUGUAGUUUGCCCAGAGGUGGGGGCUAUGGGAGGAGGGAGCCAGAGGCCAGGAUGCCUAGGUGUCCUGAGUUCCCAAAGGGAGGGGAGCAAGGAUGGUGGGCCCUAGAGGUGGAGGGCUGAACGCUCUCAGCCCCAGAAGAAGGGACAAGAGAUACUGGUGAGGACAAGAACCCCGGGAAACAGUGACCUGUUCAGUUAGAGACGGAGUAGGACAAGGAAGGGAUGUGGAAUGCCCUGGGAAGGAAGCUUGAAGAUUGCAGGGAGGGGAAAUGUGAAGAGGGCAGAAGCAGGGCA